UCGUGGUAAAUAAAAAACAAGCCAAGAAAUAUUUGGCCAAUUAAAAAAGUGAAAAGCAAAAGAAGAGAAAUAUAAGAGGGGAAAAAUGAAAAAUAUUUAUAAUAAUUUGAGUGUAUAAUUAUUUUUGGUAAAUUAGAAAUCGAUGGAAUUAGUUCAUCACAAACAAAAAUUACUCCGAAAUAAUACAAUUGGAUAUUUAAAUGUAAUAUUUACUAAAUUGUGUUGAUGAAAAAAAGUGGAUAGAAUUGAAGAAAAAAUAAAAUAGAAUUGAAGUAAAAAAUAAAAUGUUUGUUUAUAAAAAUCUCGUGACUCGUUUAGUAUUCACGAAAAUAAUAAAUUGCUCAAGCAUCGAUAGAUGACUCAACGAAUAUUUGAUAAAGUAAAUUUUAUAAAAAAAUCAUACGUUUUUUAAAUAGUUUUGAUAAAAAUGGGACAAGUUAACAGCAGUCAUCAUGAUGAUACAAAAACAAAACGUUCGAAUUUUAAAUCACAGCUAAGUUUAACUAAAAUUGGAAUAAGAAAAUUUAAAAAUUCGAAAAAUUUAUCACAUACAUUUUCACUUGUUGAUGAAUCAUUAAAGGCUCAACAAUUGAAUAUUAAUACAGCAACUGAAGAAGAGCUAAUGACAUUACCAGGAAUAAAUAGAAUAUUAGCUGAAAAAAUUGUAAAUCAUCGUAGAUUAAUUGGACGUUUUUUUAAAAUUGAAGAUUUAGCAUUGGUAUCUGGAAUUGGAGCUGAUAAACUUGAAUCAAUUAAACCAGAAAUAUAUGUUAGUCAAUCAAAUGGAAGUGGAAUAUCAUCAAGAACAUCAACAAGUUUAGAUUCAGUUGGUAAUACUGACUCACAAGUUGACAUUAAUUCAGCAAGUAUUUUUGAUCUUCAAGUUGUACCUGGUGUUGAUCAGGAAUUAGCAUCACGAAUUGUUGAAAAAAGAUUAAAACGUGGAUGUUAUUAUUCAAUUGAUGAAAUUGGUAAAUUACGUGGUGUUGGAAAAUAUCGUUUAGCCAUAAUAAAGCCACAUUUAAAAAUAAAUGGUUAUACAAAUGGUACAAAUAAAAAAUUAACAAAUGGUGGUAGUCCAUCAUCAUCAUCAUUGAGUUAUCCACAAGCAUCAAGUACACCAAGAACAAAUAAUAUUAAAAAGAUAAAUCGUGAUAAAAUACAACCAAUUCCAAUGAGUGAUAUUGAUGAUGAUGAUAAUGUAAAUGAUGAAGAUCAUGAAAGUGAUAAAAUGAUUGAUUUAAAUCCAGGAAUAACUGAAAAUGAAAUAUGGGAAUUAUUGAGUAUUGCCAGUCCAAGACCACAGCUGGACAAUGAUUAUAUUACAAAUUUAACAAAUAGAAAAUCAAUAAGAAUAGCAACAUGGAAUUUAAAUAAUUUUAAUACAGAUAAAGCUGAAAAUCAUGGUGUUAUGGAAAUAAUUUGUCGUACAAUAUUGGAAAAUAGAUUAUCAAUAAUAGCACUCCAAGAAAUUAAAAGUCAAGAUGCACUUGAAAAAUUAACAAAUGAAUUAAAUGUACCGAGUAUUAAAAAAAUAUGUGAUUGGCGUGAAAAUAAUAAAAAAUGGAAAUCAAUACAUCUUGGUGCUGGUUUAGCUAUAUUAUGGAAUUCAUGUGAAAAAAAAAAUAUUAUAAUUAAAGAACAACCACCAGAGACAACUGUAUUUCUUCCGGUACUUGCAUCAAUUGUAUUUCAUGUUAAUAAAAUUGAUUUAACAAUAAUUAAUGUACAAAUGCAUGGUAAUGAUGAUAAUAAUAUUAUUGAUAGAUUUAUUGAUGCUAAAAAUUCAAUAUUUCUUGGUGAUUUUACAUUGACAAAUGAUAAAUCAAAUAUUAUAUUUAGUGAUGUCUUGUGUGAAAGUAAUACUGCUGUUGAUACUGAUAAAUAUUUUUUUAAAGAUAAAAUAGUAUGGGGUAAAGGAACAAAAAAAUUAGUUAAUACUGGUAAUUUUAAAAUUGUUAGAAAAGGAUUGAAUCAUUUGGGAAUACCACAAGGGUGGAAAUGGGGUGGUCCAGCGUCAAAUCAUUGUCCAGUUUGGUGUGAAAUUUAUACUGAACCAAGUGAAUAGUUUAAUAGCUAUUUGAAAAUGUUUCAAGGACAAAUACCAACUGUGUGUCAAAGUUUCCAUUAAAUUUUUUAGUUGACUUUAUUUGAUUUCGACGAGGAAAAAAGGAAAUUGUUUUUUCCUAUUUUUUUAAUGCAAUUUUUUUUUAUGUUCGCGAGUGUAUUAUGAUGACAAGAUGUUUUAAUAAUUUCCAUUAAUAUUUAAUAUCCGUGUGAUGUGAAUGUUACGAUUGUUUUUUUUUUUUUUUUUUUUCAAUUAAAUUGAAUUGAAUAUUAGAUAUUAGUAAUUUAAUUUCUCUUUUUUUAAAUGUGUUUUUAAUUUAAAUUAUUUUUAUUAGAUUUACAAAAAAACUUGUCCUUUAUUGCAAUGUUUAUUUAAAUUUUUAUAAAUUAAUUAUUUUAAUAAUCUAUUUUCCGUGGUGAAAAUGGUUUCUCCGAUUUUUUUCGAUUAUCUCUGAUUUUCUUCGUACUAUGUACUAUUUUAUAUUUGAGUCUAAUUAAUUUUAUUUAUCAAAAUUAAAAUUAAUUUUAUCAACAAAGUUGAUUUAAAAAAUUUUAAAAAUUGUAUCAGUGUGAUGUGGAAUGUCAUGUUUAUUAUUUAAAUAACUGUACUAUAUUGUAAAUUAAAAAAAAGCAAUAUUUUCAUACUGCUAAUCCUGUCUAUUACUCAAAGAGUUAAUUAUUCUUUAAAUUGUCAAUUUUUCCAAUGUACUGUAAUAAUUUAAUAUGAUAUUAAGGAUUGAAAAAAUAAAUUUUUUGUGUAUAAUAUUUAUAAA